AUGGCUGCCCAGGCGUCCCUCCCGGCCCUCAUCCGCAAGAAGCGGGAUGGCGAGCGGCUGGAGGAGGAGGAGAUCCAGCGCUUCGUGCGUGACGUGACGGAGGGCACGGCGCAGCAGGGCCAGAUCGGCGCCAUGCUGAUGGCCAUCCGGCUGCGGGGCAUGGAUGCGGAGGAGACGCUGGCGCUGACGAAGGCCAUGGCGGCCUCGGGGCGGGCGCUGGCCUGGCCCCCCGCCUGGGGGGGGCUGCUGGUGGACAAGCACUCGACGGGCGGCGUGGGGGACAAGGUCAGCCUGGCCCUGGCCCCCGCCCUGGCCGCCUGCGGCUGCAAGGUGCCCAUGAUCAGCGGCCGGGGCCUGGGCCACACCGGGGGCACGCUGGACAAGCUGGAGGCCAUCCCUGGCUUCCGCGUCUCCCAGAGCCCCGAGGAGAUGCAGAGCAUCCUGGAGCGGGUGGGCUGCUGCAUCGUGGGGCAGAGCGAGGAGCUGGCGCCGGCUGACCGGGUGCUGUAUGCCCUGCGGGACGUCACCGCCACUGUCGACAGCCUGCCCCUCAUCACAGCCUCCAUCCUGAGCAAGAAGGCAGCGGAGCAGCUCUCGGCACUGGUGCUGGACGUCAAGUUCGGGGGUGCGGCCCUGUACCCCACGCAGGAGAGCGCGCGGGAGCUGGCCCAGAGCCUGGUGGCGGUGGGCGAGCGGCUGGGCAUCCGCACGGCGGCCGUGCUGAGCCGCAUGGACGAGCCGCUGGGCCGCUGCGUGGGCAACUCGCUGGAGGUGCUGGAGGCCCUGGAGUGCCUGGAGGGGGGGGGACCCCCCGACCUGCGGGAGCUGGUCACCAGCCUGGGCGGGCUGCUGCUGUGGCAGUGCGGGCUGGCCGGGACGGCGGAGCAGGGCCGGGAGCAGCUCGGGCGGGCGCUGGACGACGGCUCGGCCCUGCGCACCUUCGAGGCCAUGCUGGGGGCACAGGGGGUGCCCCCCACCACCGCCCACCGCCUCUGCACCGGGCCCCCCGCCCAGCGCAGCCAGGUCCUGGGGCAGGCACGCAUCCGUGAGGAGCUGCGCGCACUGCGUGGAGGCUGGGUGCAGCGGGUGGAGGCUCUGCCGCUGGCCCGCGUCCUGCACGAGCUGGGGGCCGGCCGGGCGCGGGCCGGGGACCCCGUCAACCCCCGGGUGGGCGCCGAGCUGCUGGUGGCCGUGGGGCAGCGCCUGCAGGAAGGCGAGCCCUGGCUGCGGGUGCACCACGACGGGGCCCUGGGUGAGAGGGGGCGCCGGGCCCUGCAGGCCGCCCUGGGCCUGGCCGCGGGCCCCCCCCGCGCCCCGCCGCCCCUCCUGGCCGAGGCCAUCGUGCCCCCCGGGCCCCCGGGGCCCCCCCCACCGGCAGGGGCCGCGGGGGCCCCCCCCGACCGCGGGGACGGGCAAUAA